AUGGAUCAAGAUCUCAAACGGUCUGGGUUCGACCCUGUCCGAUAUCCUUGGUCCGUGGUUCGACAAGGUACCACGUUGGGCAGUCACGAGGUCCUGUACGGAACAGCUUAUGCCCAAAAGUUGAUAUGGGAGCAUCAGCAUCCUGUGAAUUGCAGCAAUGCCAGUUUCCUGCUCUAUUUUCACCACGAAGCAGGUAUCGGUUCGCAGCUACACUGGUUGGGGCAAGCAUUGGCCAUAGCCAUGAACCUGGGCCGAGUCCUGGUGAUCUCCCCGAAAGACCCUCUUAUGAAAAUUUACGAUUCCAGUUUUUGCCCCGGAGCGUCGGGCUACGAGUGCUGGCUGCAGAACAUGACCUCGUGCCAUGUCGGCAAAGAUGUAUUGCAAAUCCAUGGGACGCCAGCCAUCAAGGGACGCCAACCAGCAGAGAACUUUCAUGAGCAGAGUGUGCCCGUUGUUUUCCAAGAGAUGUUGGCCAACUGCUCUCCUAUCAAAUCGAAGUCCUGGUUUUACUGGUGGCGAUCACAGUCUGUCACGUACUUAACCCGUUUCAAUGACAGGACUCGCAAAGCAUUGGACCGCUUUAGGUCUGACUCCCUCUAUACUUGCGAUGCACCCAUACCUUCACCGGCUGAUAUCUUGUCGCCUGGUCACAUCUCUGCGCAUGUACGUCAAGGUGAAAAGGGACGUGAAGCGCGACUGUUUCCCUUGGAGGUGUACCUGAAGCAAAUGGAGGCCCUGGCAGACAAUAGCUCAGAACUGCGCGUGCUCUUCAAGGAAGUCGCCGAGAGCGACAGGAACUUUUCUUAUCCAGCUGGCACGUACUCGGAGCGGAAGAUCUUCUUAUCCACAGAAGACCAGCCCACUCUUCAGAAGGCCUUGAAGCUUUGCUCCGCAGAUCCGCCUUGGCAAGUCACUUGGACUAAGGUGAAUCGCUCAUCCAACCACCGGGAUACCUGGAUGCACGUUCAGAGCCAGGAGGCCGCAAGGCAGGAAGCUCUCAUCGCCUUCAUGAACUUGGAGCUCGCUUUGGAGGCUGAUGCCUGGGUCUGCGCUUUGUCCUCAAACUGGUGUCGCCUCAUCGAUGAGCUUCGCAUGACGGUCGGAAUGAAAGCAUCAAAGCCAUACCUCAGCAUGUCACGCAGUGGCAAGAAGAGGCAGCCAUGCACCCCCGAGGAACCACAGUGUUACCUUCGCAAUUUGUGA